AGAGGCAGAGGGAAGAGAGUGUGAGGCAGGCGGGAGAGAGGGAGUGAGGCAGGGCUGCACUGCAUGGAGUGGGCUGACACCUCUAAGCCAGGAGGAUUGGAGGCUUGGUGCUCCAUGAGGAUGGCAGUGUGGGCACUGCCCCCAGGCUGCAGGCAGUGAUCAGUCAGGUGAGAGGAUGGAGCGGAGUGGAGGAGUCAGAGCCACGUCUGGAUGAGCACAGUGCGGGAUGGUACCUGAGGACCGGACUGGAGCGGCAGAGAGAUGACUGCUGGACCCGGCACACACAUCUGAUCAGACACAGCCGUGUAAUGCUGCACACCCCGGGACAGGCUGCAGGAAGAUGACUUUACCUGGAGGAGUUUUCCAGCGCAGCCUAUACCAGGAAUCGCUGUGCACAGCCGGCAGAGGAGGACAAGAGACCAGCCUUGGCACCUUGGCAUCCUGGAGAGCCGCAGCAAAGGGGGAUGCUGAUUCGGAUCCAGCCCAGCCCACUGACAGCCACCUACCACUCUUCACCCAUUGCAGAGCCCACCUGUGCCCCACAGAUCCUUCUCCCACCUGCAUUCAUGACUGACAGACCCGUCAUUGCUACUGAACAAGACUUGCUCACCCUCAACCACACCAACCUGACUGAUUGUGGAGAGGAGAUCUUGCUGUAUGGGGACAUUGAGAAGAUUGUGAUUGGGGUUGUCCUGUCCAUUAUCACCAUCUUCACCAUUGCUGGCAAUGGUUUGGUCAUCAUCUCUGUCUGCAUUGUGAAGAAGCUCAGGCAGCCUUCCAACUACCUGGUGGUGUCCUUGGCAGCUGCUGACCUGUCGGUGGCCAUAGCGGUCAUGCCCUUCGUCAUCAUCACAGACCUAGUUGGAGGGAAAUGGCUCUUUGGCAAAGUGUUCUGCAAUGUGUUCAUAGCCAUGGAUGUCAUGUGCUGCACGGCAUCUAUUAUGACCCUGUGUGUCAUCAGUGUGGACAGGUAUCUCGGAAUAACACGCCCAUUGACAUAUCCGGCACGACAAAAUGGCAAACUAAUGGCCAAGAUGGUUUUUAUUGUUUGGCUACUCUCUGCCUCCAUUACUCUCCCGCCGCUGUUUGGAUGGGCUCAGAACGUCACUGUGGAGAGGAUGUGUCUAAUAAGUCAAGACUUUGGCUACACGGUCUACUCAACUGCAGUUGCCUUCUACAUACCAAUGACGGUCAUGCUCAUAAUGUAUCAAAGAAUCUUUGUAGCAGCUAAAAUCAGUGCAGAGAAGCAUAAAUUUGUAAACAUCCCAAGACUCAUUGAGCAAGAAGGAAUAUAUUGCUUAGAGGAGAAAAUUGUUCCUAAAAAGAGCUCCAAAAAGUGCAAGGCGGUUGAAGAGUUUGCCACGUUGUCCAAGCUCAUACGUCAAGACAGGAAGAACAUCUCCAUCUUCAAACGAGAACAGAAAGCGGCUAGGACCCUUGGGAUAAUAGUUGGAGCCUUCACCUUUUGCUGGCUCCCCUUCUUCUUGCUGUCCACAGCCCGGCCUUUCAUUUGCGGCAUAAUGUGUAGCUGCAUGCCCCUCAGACUGGAGAGGACUCUUCUGUGGUUGGGCUACACCAACUCGCUCAUAAAUCCAUUGAUCUAUGCCUUCUUCAACAGGGAUUUAAGAACUACGUUUUGGAACUUGCUGAGGUGUAAGUACACAAAUAUCAAUAGAAGGCUGUCGGCGGCUAGCAUGCAUGAAGCGUUAAAGGUUACAGAGAGACAUGAGGGCAUCUUGUAACCUUCUGCUUUCGGUUGUGUGCUAUGGACUGUGGGUAUGACUUCAUGACCUUUAAAAGAAACCUCUGAAAUACACACUAUCCAGUGCCUAUUCCAAGAGACAAUGCUUUAUCGUGAAUUGUGUUUUGUUUUUCCAGUCUAUUUAUUGCAGUCAUUGACAUUGAGUUGUAAAUACCCGUGGGAUAUCUCAAAUGCAGUAGACAUAAAUAUGUGGCACUACUACCUGCUUUCAUGGACUUUCUUAUGGAAAAUACAGACACAAUUUUAUUGUAAGUAAAUGAAACUGAUAUGUAAAAUAAGUGACUAUUUCUGAAUGUGUUUUUUUCCUCCAGCUCUUAAUUUCAAGGUUUACAUAAGAGUAACUUUUACACAACUCCAAAGCUUCUGUCAGACAAUCUGCACCAAAUUGUGAUACUUUAUUACUAUUGCAAUAGUUUGGCAUGUAUUAACACUUGUAUUAUGUGUCAGCCAUUUAAAGCAAAAAAUAAUAACCGCCAGUAUCAAAUUGGAACAAAAUGAGAAAGUGUUACAGCUUUGUACAUUUGUAUGGUUUUGUGGUAUUAAGGAACACACAGUAAUGUAAAUAGUGACAGUGUAAUGUCAUUGGUAGAAUUAAAUAUAACAUUCUUCCUGCAUUUUCAUUUGUGUUUUAAACUAGAAAAUAACCCAACCACCAAAAACUUACAUCGGUGGACUCCUAUUUUUCCCCCCCAAAUGUAUUUUGCCUUAGGGAAGAAGCGUUUGUUACAUAUGGCCAUCUGUCUGUCUGUACAUAUGAGUUGAAUAAAAGAAAGCUUUGCCCACUCGUUUUACAUCACAUAGUUUGAAAUGUGUCAUUUGAUAAAUAUAAUACAAAAAAAGAAGGAUUAGGGGAAAAAAACAGCCCAAAAAAGGAUUAUAAUAUUUAAAAAUAUAAAUGAUAUAUUAUAUGUAACUUGUUACUAGCCCGUCAAAAUGACGGAGCAACAUAACAGUAAUCAGACCAUCUAGUGGCCACCGGCUCACAAAAUACUUGAAUUUCCCCUUAUAGAGGUGAUGAGCAGCGUUAGCCUUUUAUUACAUAAGAUAUUAAAGAAUGGAGAACCUAUUUUAAAAUAUAUAUUUCAUAUUUAUUUAAUUAAAUGAUAGAUUAUACAGGUAUGUAAUAUUAAAGAACGGAUAAUUUAGUUUAAAAUAUAUUUAAUAUAUAUUAAAUAAAUUAUAUAUUAUAUAUAAUUUUAAAGAAUAGAGAAUCUAUUUUAAAAUAUAUAUUUAAUAUAUAUAUUUAAUUAAAUUAAUUAGAACACUUUUAAAGCUUUGAUUUUAUUUAGAAUUUUUUCUGGCGUUCUGCCUUUAUAGUAGGUUGCUAUGAAGGUUGAAUCAUAGCAAAAUUGCAACAUCCAGACAAAAGUAACCAAUUACUAAAGAAAAGUAGCAUCAGAACAAAACAGAGCAUUUAGUUUUCUAAUAAAAAAAAACCAGUUAUAUUUAAUGUCAUAUUUAAUUAUCUGAAAAAUAGUUUUUAAGAAUGGCUGCAUUGUACCAAUGUCUAUUAUUUUGCCUGCAGUGUAACAAUUUGAAAUAUUUAUUUCCAUGACAACAAUGGAGCUGUUUCUUAAAACUGACGCAUUCUACAUCUAGACCUACACAGUAUUGACAAAGUCCCAAUUAUGCAUUGGGAGAUAAUACAGUAAAAACACUUUGUAAAUCAAGAUUAUACAGAUAUUUUAAUUAUUCAAUGUAAUGCAAGCAGAUCAUAAGUUUGCCAUUAAAGAAGACUUUAGGGUUCUGUC